AUGUCAGCCUCUUUAGAACCUAAGAUUUCAAGAACAUCAUCGCUCAAUGAAAAAUAGGACAAUGUACUUUUAUAGAGCAAAAUUUAAAAUCUGAUUCAAAAUAAGGAUAAUAAUAAUCUCUACAAAUUAUUGAAGAAAAACAAAAAGAGCAGAACAUAUUACAAAAAAUUAAAGUACGAUGGGAUUAUCUAUAAGAUUGGCUAGAAUCUCUGCAUUAAAGCAGAUAGAAGAGUAGAUUAUGUCGCUAAACUCAUUAAGAUCGUCAAGCUUGUUGAUACUAAUGAUGAAAUUUACCCUUUAAUAAAAGUUCAAUGGUAUUAUAGAAAAUUUGAAUUGGGAGAUUUACCAGUGACUUAAUUGGAUUAUAUUUCAGAGAAUGAAGUGUUCAAGACAAAUGAGUACGAUUAUAUUGAAAUUGAAAGCAUAGUGAGUUUAGCCUCUAUUCUUACUUAUCAGGAAUUUGAUAAAUUAGAAACGAUGGAUGAUACAACUUAUUUUACGAGGGCUGGUUAUAUUAAUCGAGCUUUUUAACCUCCCAUAGAUCAAUGGACAACUACAUGUAUAUGUGAGAAACCUCCAAAUCCAGAUUUGAAGUAUAUAUAAUGUGAAGUAUGCUAAGGAUGGUGCCAUUUAAAAUGUGUAGAUUUGACCAGAGAAAAAGCAAAAAAAUUAUUAAACUUUGUUUGUCCAAAAUGUUAGUAGUGA